UAUAAAACAAUAUGCUAUAAAUUAAAUGCCGCCUAUCGUUCUUUAAGGUUUGUUGAGUUAAAGUUUUCAAACAGGCAUUAUGUUUCACAGAAAUACAUUGCCAAGGAUGUUCCAUGUGUUGUGUGGUUUAGUUUUCUUGGCGUGGAAUACAGAGGCAGCUAUAACUGGGUGGACAGUUCCAGGUAUAUCUAAAAAGGCGGAUGGAGCUGGAACGGCUGCUCCAGAGAUACCGGAAAGUUUAACACCGGGACAUCUCACAGGCAUUAAUGUAACAGCAAUAUCCGACACAAAUAAUGCAUCUAUAACGUAUGUCAUGCUGUGCAAACCAGAAGAUGGAAUGUUUACUAUCAACAAGACUAGUGGUGCCAUCAAGUUUGCCAAAGGUGUUCUCGAUUUUGAGAAGAGACCAUCGUAUGUUGUAAGAAUAAGUGCGUCAGACACAACAGCAACAAAUGGUACUGUUAAUGUAACACUGGAGUUAUCAAACUCACCGCCUGUAUUUUCAUCAAAAACUUACAAAAAUCAAAUGUGUGAUGGAGCCGGUGCGGGAACGUUAGUGACCACAUUGAAAGCAACCGACCCCGGAAACAGUAACGUCACGUACAAGUUUCAAGGUAGUAAUACUGACUUUAUCAUCAAAGCACACACUGGAGUGAUGGCAGUGGCUAACAAGAAGUCCCUCAAUAUGACGGCAAAGAGUACAUAUUCUUUGAUCGUUCUGGCAUCAGACACUGUCAGUCAAUCAACACCUGGUACCUCUACCGUAAGUGUCACUGUGAAAACGUGCAGCAGUGGAACCAGUCAUAUCGCUGUCGCAUUUCCGGCUCUGUUGUUGGCAGUUCUGGCGAAACUGUUUUAACCUGAUAGAAAACUUUCAUACAAGGAGAUAUUAGAAUAGUAAUCUCAUAACAGAAGUUUGAUGUUGAAGAGUUUGUAGACGUUGCCAGGAAAUACACGGGACACAUACAAUUAAGUUCUUACACUACAUUACAGAUAUGCUGUAAUUAAGCAAAAAAAUGACAUAUAUAUAUAACUGCAAUUUGACCAGUAUUCAGAAGUCAAUCAUCGAAGCUUGAAAAUUAAACCGCAUACAUGUAUAUAAUAUACUUUCAAUAAUAAGAAACCUCUUGGAUAUCAUCUGAUAAACUGAUCUUUUGAUAUCAACUUUAUCAGGCGACGCUGCAUACGAUAUUGGCUGGAAGGGGCGAUGCUUGUCGGGCCCUUUCUGCGGUAAAUUUGUAUGAUAUAAGUUUAAGAAAACCCACGAAGUGCAGUAAGUAAGCUGAUACUAAAAUGAUUUUUUACACGCGUUCUUAAACUUUAAAUAUUAACAUUAUAGACUUUCGGAAGAUCACUUUUUUCCAGAUUUUGUUUUUCUACUUCAAAUGCUUAAAGAUUUAUUUUUAUCUGUACGGCGUACUUAUCUGUAAAAUUCAUAGCGGUCUAUGUAUGUCAGUUUUAUAUACAAACAAUGAAUAAUCCACAAGAUGGUUUGUAUCUGUUCAUAAAAUAUGAUUAUGGGUAUUACACUAAAAAAUGUCGGAUUAAAACAGGCGAAAUGUAAAUCAUAAGAUUUAAAGAGGAUGACGGAGGUCUGAGGAUACUAAUGACGUGCCGAGAGCACAGAAAUGUACCCAGCCUCGAUAUGUUGAUAUCCUAGCGAGAGUUAUGGCCCUUCCUAGCACAGAUUUGUACCCGGCCUCGAUAUGUUGAUAUCCUAGCACGAUUUAUGGCCCUUGCUAGCAACGAUUUGUACCCGGCCUCGAUAUGUUGAUAUUCUAGCGAGAGUUAUGGCCCUUGCUAGCACAGAUUUGUACCUGGCCUCGAUAUAUGUUGAUAUCCUAGCGGGAUUUAUGGCCCUUGCUACACGCGCUCGAUAUGUUGAUAUCCUAGCGGGAUUUAUUGCCCUUGAUAGUAUAGGUCGUAUAUGCAAAUGUGAUACUUACUAGUCUUGAUGAGUUUGUUUGCAUUUAUUUCGUUUUGUCUUGAAAUCAUUUUAUGCUGUACAUGUAGAUUUUUUCCUUGGGUUUUAUGCUUGUUUUCUUGUAGGUGUUUCUCUUUUUGUAUCUUUAUCAAUGAUUAUUAAAUGAUUAUAUAUGUUUAA